CGCAAUGGGUGAACAACAGCCGACUGUUUCCCUGGAGGCACUGCAAUCUGCCGGCAAUACGCUGGAACGCCAUGGGUCGAUUGAUGUGGAUGUGCCGGGUUUGCUGGAGUUGACGGGAGUAACGCAAGCCGGCACGCCGACCGCAAGCGGGUUAAGCGAUUUCGACUAUCAGCAGCUCAGCAACCUAUCGAUGGGCUUCAAGGACUUGAACCAGCUAUGCACCGUAAACAAGGUUCCCAUACCGUCGGAAAUAAUGGAACAUUUUAAUCAUAUAAAAUGCCACUGUAUGAUGGGGCUGUUUCCCGAGAUAGGACGUGCGUGGCUUACGAUCGAUACGGAUCUAUAUAUAUGGACCUACGAAAAUGCACGUGAUGUUGCCUACUUUGAUGGACUAUCGCAGGUGAUUAUAAGCGUCGGGCUGGUAACACCUAAACCGGGCUUGUUCGUAGCGGACGUAAAGUAUCUCCUGAUUCUUACCACUCCAAUCGAAAUCGUUGUCCUCGGUGUAACGUUCGGCGAUGCGAACAAUGGCACACCGAACCGUAGCCUAUCCGGACAGAACAGUGAAGAGGAGAUGCAGCUAAUGCACACGCCCAUUUUCGUGCUAAACACGGACAACGUGGCCAUCAUGUGUGUGCAGGGUACGGACGAUGGAAGAAUUUUCCUCGGCGGUCGGGACGGCUGUCUGUACGAAGUGAGCUAUCAGGCAGAAUCGAACUGGUUCGGAAAACGAUGCCGCAAGAUAAACCAUUCGCAGGGUUUGAUGUCCCACCUAGUGCCGGGAAUAUUCAAAAUAUUCAGUGAAUCUGAUUCGGUGGAAAAGAUUACGGUGGACAAUAGCCGCAACUUGCUGUAUGUGCUGAUGUCGAAGGGAUCGAUCGAGGCAUGGGAUUUGGGAAAGGAUGCCGGAAGCACUAGACGGAUUGCUAGACUAUCGUACAAAGAAAUCAUCUCUAGUGCGUCGAUGAUUUUACGCACAAUCGAUCCGACCGUAUUUCAUCCGAUUACUGCAAUCUGUCCAUUAACGUUGGACGAUUCUUCCAGUUUGCAUCUGGUGGCGAUUGCGGAAAGUGGUGUGCGAUUCUAUUUCUCAACGGUGCCACUACAUCUGCACGGAUUCUACAUUCAGCAGCAACAAUUGUUGCAACAGCAGCAACUACAGCUUCAACUCCAACAACAGCAACAUCAUCACCAACAAUCGCAACAUCAGCAGCAUCAGCAGCAUCAGCAGCAUCAGCAACAUCAGUCACAGCAGCAACAAACGCCGGGUGCUUCACCGAACCAAGAAAUCCAACAAAAUGCCAACCUUCCCGAACCGUCGCAGCAAAGUAAACCGCAGGGACUGUAUCUACUUCACGUUCGCGUACCGCCCGGCAUCACCGGAAACUUACUCCUGACGAAACCGAAACUGGUCCAUUCGGCACACUAUAUCCAGGGUUCGCUGUUGAUGAUAUCGCGCCAGCAGCAGGACCAAGACUUGCUCACCUGUCUCAGCUCGGAACAGUUCCAAUCGCAGCACAAUCUGGUUGAAUCCACUACCUACAUGCCACUCGAUGGGCAGGUAUGGGCCAUCGCUGAUGUGAUGAGAAAGGAUCGCGUCUCAAUCACAACCCCACUCCGCAAGGCGCAGAAUCCUCGGAAGGUAGCACUCCUGACGAACCAAGGUGUUCACAUCGUGUCGAUACUCCAAUCGGUGGACAUUCUGCAACAGCUGCUCGUUGGAUGUCACGGUCCACACAACGAGGCGGUUAAGAUGUACUUCAGCAAGCAAACGGAACCGGAAGCAUGUGCUACGGCACUUUUACUCGCCUGUCGCGAAUCGUUCCGUGGCACGGAAGUUGGUGAUUGGGCAACCCAAUCGUUUAUACUUUAUGGCGGAGAACCGUACUUUGAUGCACCGAUCAUAUCUGAUAACCGUCAGCUAGGCUAUAAUUCUCCAAUUGCCGGCGUAGGAGGAGGUUACGGCACGAUGGAUUCGAAUGUACAGCAGCACCAGCACAAUGCAAACUUUGGACCGAGUGGCCGGUUGUUCGCAUCUUCCACACCGUACUCGACACCCGGAAGUGGUGGUGGACGCGGCAGUAUUGUAUCGCCAGUUCUUCGCCAACAACAGCAUCCUUAUGGUACAACGAACGUUAACAACAACAAUGAAACGGUCGAUUCAUCGCUUUUCCACUACUCCGCCAAACACGCCGGACUAUAUCUGUACAUGAGCCGGAUGUUGCGUUCGAUAUGGCGCAAACCUUGCGUGGAUGAGCGUCUUUAUUCGACCAUUUCACAACAGGAUUGUGUAGUGCUAUUGGAGGAUUUGUACGCCAUAAGACGGUUUCUGGAGAAUGUGACGGUGAGCAAUCUUCUUGGAUACACCGGUGGUGGUCGUAGUGGUGGGACAUCGAUAAAGCCAAAUGUUGGAAGCCUCGGAUCGACGUUUUCGCAAGGACAAUCGGGAUUGCUGCUCGGUGGUGGCACGGAUCGUGCUGGAUAUGGUAGUAGUAUGCUAUCUUCCCAACCAGGCUAUAGCAUAGGCGGUGGUGCCGGUUAUGGUUAUCCGCAGGGAAAUACCGUCGUGUCGCAGAAACACUGCACCGAAGAGGCGCUGAUAGAGGAACGAAAAUCGCUCGAAGCUUUGGUACGAUUGAUAAAGCAAGCCUGCGAAGUCAUCGGUCUGUGGAAAGUCAUCUGCGAACAUCAGUGCCAUCUGUUGGUGGGGAAGUUAACGAAAGAGGAGCAAAGCGUACUGCAAGGAUGCACCUUCCGCGAUCUAAUGCUAUCCCGUAUCGAUGUUUGCGGACUGUUGAUAGUGACGCUGAUCAACUCGUACCUAGCAGACAAUGCAAGCGUUGGUUCGAUUUCGUCCAAGCUGCGUGAAGUUUGUCCAACGCUGUACCGCCAGGAGGAUGCCGUUUCACACAAGGCAACGGAAAUCCUGCUUCUUUCCCGUGGCUGUAACGAUCGCGAUAAGAAAGAGGAACGUCUCCGAACGGCACUGCAGCUUUGCAAGAGUGCGGCACCAAAUUUGCCCCUAGCGGCUCUCUGCCAGCAAUUUGUUUCGUCCGGAUUUUACAGUGGCGUUAUAGAGCUUUGCACUGUGUGUGCGGCGAAAAGUGAUCCCAACGAGGCUGGUUUGCUGUUCUAUCGGAAUAAUGAAGCGAUGGACAAUCAGGAGGGCUUCGUAGCGUUCCAGAACCGUAUGAACUGGUACAAGGAGGUUAAGGUAAUGCUGGACUACGUGUACGAUGCAGCCGGUGGUAAUGGAGGUAAUGCUGCUACUGGUGGUGCUACUGGUGGUGUUGGUGGUCAGCAGGUCAAACCGGACAGUAUCUAUCCAUCGCUCGAUGACGAGGAGCUGCUGGAUCGUGUGACCGGCAAUCAGGAGGUGCUGAACAUUAUCGGACAAGCGCUUCAAAGCACAGACCCGCUGCUUCACAUUGCCAUCUACGAGUGGUUGCUGUCGAAGGAUUUGUUUGCCGAACUGCUCGAAAUCACCGAACCAUCGCUCGGUGUGUUCCUUAGCCGGGCGAUGGCACGCACGCCAGAAAACCUCGUCCUUGCCGAUCUGCUCUGGAAGUACCACGAGCGUAACGGGCAGCACCCUGCGGCAGCCAAAAUUCUUGACAAACUUGCUAACGUAGCGAGCGAUAGUAUCAAUCUGCAGCAACGCAUCGAGUAUCUGGCCCGAGCGGUCAUGUGUAUGCGCUCCGAAUCGGUCGGCUUUUCCGCCCACAAUGGGGUGCUGUUGAAGGAUCUGGAAGAUAAGCUAGAGGUGGCCCAAAUACAGCGCCAAGUGUACGAUGCACUUGCCCUGCUAACGCAAAACACCGACGAACGGUACGAGGCGCUAAAGCUGCUCGACUCCAACCUCUACAACUUGACCCAGCUUUAUUCCGACUUUGCCGAACAGUACGACCUGUGGGAGUGUAAGCUUACGAUACUGAACUGUUCCCAUCAUAAUGAUCCACUGCUGAUCGAAUCCGUGUGGACACACAUUCUCGACCGGGAGCUGCAAGGGCGUGAAAGUUGUGCCGAACGUUGCCGACGGUUGUUGGCGAAGGUGAAGAGUUUGGCACUGGAGUACGACAGCUCGGGAUGCUGCUUUCCGCUAGCGUUUAUAGUGCGCGAGGUGGAGAUUCGUUGCUUCCGGCUGGGGAUGUACAAUUCGCCGGUGCCGGAUGCAUUGAUCGAGAUGAACCUGGACAUCGAGGAGCUGUUGAACAUUUACGCGCGUCUCGUAUCAAUGAACGAACGCAUCUGGGUGACGGAGGACGACGAGCUGUAUCUGAUUCGUUCGACAUCCGCACUCCUAUCGCUAAUCGUGAAUCAGCCGAAGCUGAUCCCGUUCAAGGAUCGUCGAAAGGUGAUGUCCAAAUCGCAGGACCUUAUCUCGGCUGCGCUCAACAUACUCUACACCAAACCGGACACGCAGCCUCUGAUCGAUGUGUUCCGCGAUACGCAGUCGAAGCUGCAGCGGCUGUUGUAAAACGUUUCUGCAACAGUUU